AUGGGCACGCCUAGUAAAAGUCUAGUAUUUGAAGAUUAUCUAGUACUUUUUGAAACAGAGAAGCUGCGGGCUCUCCGUUUUGUAAUUUGCCGUCAAUGCGCGUUUCGUACGGGUUGUAACCGACUCACGAGGACCUCAACUAUGUCUUUGAAACAGGGAACAUCGGGAGCCCAAUCUCCAGUCGCUUCCGAGAAUUCAUUGGGCCGCGAAUCUCACAUCCCAUUUUCUUCCUCUCCUUCUACAUCACAUCCGGCUCAAGCUAGCGCAUCCCCAGCAAGAAGAAGCGGCUUGAUGACUAGGAUUUUCGGUUCGAGUCGAGAUAAAGAAACUGCUCGACCGGUGAACCCCAUAGUCACUCUUGAAGGCUCGAUUACACAAAGUGCAUGGGCCGGAAUUAGUCGCAGCAGUCCCAUGAAGACUCGCAUCAAGACCUUGCUACAGUUGCAAGAUGUGCUCAAAUCACGAACUCUACAAGUAUCGUCAUUGGAGGGUAUUUGGCACGAUUGCCAUGACAUGCUCAACGAUCCAGAUACAAAGAUUCCUACAUUACGGGUUCUUAUAGAAAUGACCGAAUCCCAAUACACUUCGCUUGGACUGGCUUUGAGGCAUACAUUUUUCACUACCAUAAAAGAGAUGGGUUGCGAGGAGUUAAGCGUGAAAUGGCUAAAUGUUUUGAGCGAGUAUGGAAAAACAAUUACUGGAUUUGAAAAGGAUAUGGAUGUGCUAAUCGCGUCAUGGAUCAAUGAAACUCUUUUAGCCAAAGAUCAUCCCCAAGCUCUCUUGGUACUCCAGCUUGCGCAACAUUUGAUACAGCACAAUUCCGCCUUCAUUGGUGAAGAAUACAUGAAAUCCAUAGUGCACGCUGUAUGUAUUAGAGCCUGUAAGACCAUGGACCCCCUUAUAUCACACUGUCUCGAUGUUCUUGACAAUGUUUUGAAAUAUGGAGACUUACCUCCAUCUGAGUUGAUGGCUGUGGUGGCUACAUUUUGUGUGCUGGUUUGUGAGAACAGGUUUCGAGAGCAAGCUUGGUCACUUGCGAGAGCUUUGUUAACCUCACAGAUGGGUCAGAGAACACGUAAAGCUCUCCUCUCAAUACUGAAUGGUACGGGUACAGGACAACGGCCUCAUGGUGAACGUCGGGCCAAUGAUGAACCAAAUGAGAAGAAAAUGAAGCGGAUGCUGCGUGGUGCUAUAUUUUGUCUAGCGAAUGCGAAUUGGGGAACAGCGCAAAUAGAUGCUGUGCGCUGCUCUCCUGCUAGUAUAAUCGAGCCUAUGAGAAAUGCUAUUCAGGUGGAUGAGACGAUCUGUUAUGAUGUCCUCUUCGAUAUUCGGCGUCUGAUCCAAAAAUAUGGUCGUGAUUUGCAGCAUAUGACUUGGAUUAAACUAGUCGAAUUGUUCGAAACCGUGAUCGACCUUUGUGAGCAGAGAUCCGAAUAUGCCAAGACUUGUGAGAAUUCGCUGCAUCAAAUCCUUCUGCUUACUGAGCAACUCUAUUCGGACGGUCAUUUUGGAGCACCACCUGAUUUGUUGUAUGACCUCAUCGAAAAGUGUGCUGAUAGGCGUCCUGAUACAUCAGUUGUGAAGCUGAUACAAUAUAGGUCAAUGAACCUAACCCCGCUAACGCCAAACUGGAUCCCUAGAAUGCUGCAGCUGGUACGAAGAUAUUCGCAUGAGUCUCAGCGACCUGAGAGAAGAAGCAAGGCAUUGUCCGAAUUGCAUGCUUUCUAUACGAAAUACCGCCUUUUGUAUGAGCACGAGCUUGUGACACAGUUGAUGAUUCCUGUGCUUCAAGAUACGGAGAAUGAGUCAAGCUCGAGGAUACAGUACUUGAUGAUCAACAUCUUAUUCGAUGUAGCUAAGACUGUUUCGCUGAGAGACGAUGCUCGCUUAUUUGAAUCAGUAAUGGGGAUAGUAAGGCAGCUAUUUAUAUCCUCCAUUUUGCGGAAUACCGUAGAGACAGCCAUAGAAGACGAAGAUGAUGCAGAGACAGUAGUGGCGCCGACUAGACCACCACCUAGAGCGCCAGCACCGAAAGCUGGGUCUUUGAGUUUCGAUAACCUUGAAGUUGUUGCGCAAAGUUUGGGUGAACUUUUGUCGGAGCGUUGGCUCAUGUUGAACUUGCACACGUUAGGAAUAAUUGUUGAUAUUAUGGUGGAUCAUCUGCAAGCCCAGUAUAGUGCUGGCUGGACCGGCGAACAGGGCGCGGAUGUGCGUCUACGAAUAUUCUCGGCGCUGCUGUCGAUCCACUGCUGUCCUAUAACUAAUCGUUUGACCUAUCACGGUCUUGGUGAAGAUUGGCCUCGUGUGAAUGUGUACAUAACUCGAGCAAACGUUGGUUCUUUGGAGAAAGAGCCUGGAUUUUCAUGGUCACCGAUCUGCUCAGUAGUGACUAUAGCGGCUAGGCAGGACACCUGGUGGCCUGUACUUUGUGCAAUACUUCAACAGCUACGUCGAGUUCUAGAGCACAUCGCUUUUGUGAAUACUGCAACCAAUGAGCAGGUAGAUGAGUUAGCCCAAGCGCUGAUUGCCAUAUAUCAAAGAUCCGAGCUUGGCGAAAUUUCGCAGUACUUUGAUGACAAUCUCCCACAAAGUGAAGUAGAUGAGAAGCAAUUGAAAGGCCAAAUAGCCAAGUUUCUUCCGCCCAUACUGUGCACACUGCUAAACUACCCAUGUCGUCAGGAACUGCGAAAUACUGAACUUUGUAAGAUUUUGGUGGAUUGUGUGGCGCAGGAAAGUAUGGAAGCAGUAAUUGCUUGCGACCUAGCAAUCCAGCUGGCACCAUCAGCAAUGGCUGGCAUGGCUUUGGUCCUGACAGAGGCGCUGUCGCGAAUGCAUUACAAUGCAGUUCGAGCUAUUCCCAUCAUGGAGUUGCUGUCAGAUUCGGCUGAAAUUCCUGAGUUUCAUAAGUUCUUUCAGGAGAGGCAUUUCCGAUCUAUCAUUGACACCUUGGCUCCUUACACGAAUGUGCAUAAGUUCAACACAUUUAUUGUAGCGUCGAUACAUCGUGUGAUGAUGAGAUGGUUUUGUCACGUGCCGGAUAAAAUGCGAUAUAAAAUUCAAAAUCAUAUCGAGAACUCGGUGCGCAUGUCUCCAUUUUUAUCCGUGCCAGAUUUGAACUCUGGAGUAUGCAGACAGCCAAGUGGCGAUGGACGUCAGGUCCCUGGUACUUUGUUCACCUUGGGUGGAAACGGUAUGCCAGAGACGCCUCCUCCAAUGGAUGGAGCAGGCUCGAAGGAAGAGCGUGGUCCAGAUAGGGUUCAUGAAGAGAUACUGCGAGCGAUGUCGGUGUUUUUUCAUAUUGGGCAGAUCGAUAGCGAUUGGGGCGAUCCUAAGAUUCCUGAUCGUUUGACCGAAGCCGCACAAGAGAAUUAUUUUGUAAACGAUUCCAUAAUUACCGUUAGAACUCUUGUGGAGCAUGUGAAAGAACGCGACAGGACUGACUCGGCAUUGAAGGAAAGUGAUGGUGAUGACGUUUUUGUGUCGAAUAUCGAGCACCCAAAAUCGUCCGAUGUUGUGCAACAACCACCUACUUUCAAUGACCAGAGACGAAGGCACCAGUCUGCUAUACAGACUCGCCGGUACACAAACCCAUCACUGGAUGAGAAUUCGAGAAAAACUGUCGAUGACAUGUAUGCUACGGCUGGUCCUUUGAGAAGGAAUAGCGUUUCUAAAGUGCCAAUAAUAUCGUGGACCCAGCUGAUAAUUCGUCACAUGUACGGUAAGAGCGGAUGGCUUAUGCGAUCAUUCGAGGAAUGGCCGGCGGACUUUGACCAAAGCAAUGCCAUGCCAAGGCUAGCUUCAAGUCUUCUUCUUCAUUAUGUCAACCAGCCUGGUGCUAUCAGACUUGGCAGAAAACCAAAUGACGAAAUUUUACAGCGAUCGUUACGUAAUUUGGAUAGGAUUCCGGGUAUAGAAUAUCAUGCAGUUGGUGUUCUAUACAUGGGAAUGUAUCAAGAUACUGAAGCACAAAUAUUGGCAAACGUAUACGGAUCCGAGAGAUACACGAAAUUCUUGAAGCUGUUGGGCACGCCUAUCCCAUUAGACAAACAUCCCGGAGGACUGCUACCUGGACAACAUGGAUCCUACACUUAUGAGUACCAGGAUGAAUUGAGCAAAAUUACUUUUCUUGUUGCUACGCUUAUGCCGCAGGCGGAGAACGAUCCUCAUUGCAAUAUGAAGAAGAAACUUAUAGCUAAUAACUUUGUCUCGAUUGUUUUCAAUGAAAGUGGUGCACCCUUCAAACUGGGAUCUGUCUGUGGACAGUUUGCACAUGUGGCUUUGGAGGUCAUCCCAUAUGAUGAGAACAAUGUGCUGUUGCAACUCCAUGCUAAACAGGAGAUUUCGUGCUGGCUGGCAACUCGCAGGGCGUUGCUGAACGAUCGAUGUGCUGUUCGUCUGCUACGAAAGAUGAUUGUAAGGACCCAGCUGUCUGUAAAUGUCUGGCGCAGCGUACAAGACAACGAUGACCAGCCUUAUAUAUCGUCAGGCGUUGACCGCUUGCGAAAAAUCAUUGCAAUUCGAGAGAAAUGUGCGAUCAUGCCACUACCCAGAGAUAUUCCUAGUCAAGAACCAUAGUCAUGUAGGGCAUUCACGAUUAUCAAAUCUGAUUUCAUCCCAUACUUACCGUAGUCUUCCCAUUGUGAAUCUUCUGUGAUGAGUUAAGUCAAAUGUCAUAGUUAAGUAAGUUCUGAGAAAAGGGUUUUCUUGUUUCAUUUAUGCACGUGUAACAAUCAGUAAUUUUGUUAUAAUUUCCUCAGUCAUUACGAGUUCAACACGCGUUUUCCCACAUUGUUUGUUUAUUGAUCUGUGUAUUUUUUCAUGUUUCAUUAUUUUUUUACGAGUCAUAGGUCACACAGUCCCAAAUGAUGGCCUUCUAGCUUUAUUUGUUUCUAAUAGUUUUGAUUGUUAAAUGUUAAGCUAAUACAUCGCUCAAUAAAAAAUCAAAGCUUG